GUCAUUCGAUUUUCUUGCAGUUUGCCAGAAUAAAGAUAUCUCAUCAUGCCUCCCAAGCCAAGCGGAAAAGGACAGAAGAAGGCCGGCAAAGCCAAGGGUGCUCCAAGCACCAACAAGAAGAGGAAGCGCAAGAGAAAGGAGAGCUAUGGCAUCUACAUCUACAAGGUGAUGAAGCAGGUGCACCCCGACACCGGCAUCUCAAGCAAAGCCAUGAGCAUCAUGAACAGCUUCGUCAAUGACAUCUUCGAGCGUAUUGCCGCCGAGGCUUCCCGCCUGGCCCACUACAACAAGAAGUCCACCAUCACUAGCCGUGAGGUGCAGACCGCUGUCCGUCUCCUCCUGCCCGGUGAGCUGGCCAAGCACGCCGUCAGCGAAGGCACCAAGGCCGUCACCAAGUACACCACCUCCAAAUAAACGGUGUACUGAACGACAAUCAAACCAACCGGCUCUUUUCAGAGCCACCACAUUUUCAAAAAAGAGAUUGGAAAUCCAUGUCUGUUUAAUCUUUAAAAUUUAAUUGUCUUUCAAAUCAAAAGUUACAAGAAUACUUCCAUACUAUUGAGCU